ACACAAAGGAGAGCGUCAACUGCGCACAUCCUGACUAACCCCACUUUAAACUAAUAAUGAGCUCUGGAGUUUCAUAUGAAGAAAUAUGAUUUCUUUGACUCUCAUACACUCUGGACGCGGCGACCUGACGUGAUGAGUCCGGAUGCUACCAGCCGGCAUUAAUUAGUGAUUGGGUUGCUCCCCCUAUAUAAAGGAGGCGCGCCCACUGCGCUGCUCUGUCUCCAUACCAGCCAACAUGAGCUACGGAUCUGAAGUAUUUUCCUCCUCUUCCUACAGGAAGAUUUUCGGGGAUUCUCCUCGUUAUGCCUCCUCUCCAUCCCGGAGUGGGAUGAGCAUGUCCUCCCGAGGAGGUUACCGGUCCUCCUCUGCAUCCCGGAGCUCCGCAGCACCCAUGGGCUCCUACAACAGAAAGUCUGGUGGCCGCGCCUUCUCGGCGAUGCCGCUCGAGACCUUCGACCUGACCCAGAGCAGCGCUCUCAACAAUGAGUUUAAAAUCGUCCGCACCAAUGAGAAGGAACAAAUGCAGGGUCUCAACGACCGCUUUGCAAUGUUCAUCGAGAAAGUGCGCAACUUGGAGCAGCACAACAAAGUGCUGGAGACUGAGCUGACCACGCUGCGCCAGAGGCAGACCGAACCGUCCCGCCUGGCCGAGCUUUACCAGCAGGAGAUCCGUGAACUGCGCUCCCAGCUGGAUGAGGUGAACGGGGAGAAGUCCCAACUCCUCAUCGAGAGGGAUGGUAUCGACGAAGACCUGCAGAAGCUCCGCGGAAAGUACGAAGAGGAGUUCCAUGCUCGGGAGGAGGCGGAGGCCACCCUCAAGGCUUUCAAGAAAGACGUGGAUGAUGCCACCAUGGUGCGCCUAGACCUGGAGAAGAAGGUGGAAUCCCUGCUGGACGAGAUAAACUUCCUCAGAAAGGUGCACGAGGAGGAGGUGGCUGAGCUGAUGGACAUGAUCCAGGCCGCGCAGGUGUCUGUUGAGAUGGAGGUGUCCAAGCCGGAUCUCACCUCAGCUCUCAAGGAGAUCCGAGGCCAGUACGAGUCCAUGGCGUCCAAGAACCUGCAGUCCGCCGAGGAGUGGUACAAGACAAAGUUCGCCGACCUGUCCGAUCAGGCCACCAGGAGUAACGAGGCCAUCCGCGCCAGCAGGGAGGAGAUGAACGAGUUCAGGAGGCAGCUGCAGUCCAAGACCAUCGAGAUAGAGAGUCUGAGGGGAACCAACGAGUCUCUAGAAAAGCAGCUGCGGGAGAUGGAGGACAGGCACAAUGGGGAGAUUGGAAACUACCAGGACAGCAUGGCAGAGCUGGAGAACGAGCUGAGGUCCACUAAGAGUGAGAUGGCUCGUCAUCUGAGGGAGUACCAGGAUCUACUGAAUGUCAAGAUGGCACUAGAUAUUGAAAUUGCAGCUUACAGGAAAUUGCUUGAAGGGGAGGAGACCCGCAUUGGGACUGGAAUUUCCUAUCCCGGCACCUCCAUGAGCGCCAGCAUGGGGCAAAGCUACAACUACCAGACCCGUAUCUACGGCAGCUCUGGCAAGAGCUCCAAGAAGGAUGAAGAGCUGAACCAAAGCAAGUCAGGUGCCAAGGUCUCCCAGCGUGAAGUGUACGAGGAGACAGUGAUCACCACCAAGAAGACGGAGAAGCAGCAGGACCCCAGCGACAUCCCCACCAAUCAGAAAAACUAAGAAUCUACUGUAAGCCUGUUUUUCACCCCCCUGAAGUUUCCCUCAACCCCACAAACCCAGACCUUUCUUCUUCUCCCAUUUUAAAACAAACCCUGAGCCUUCACUCAAAGCACCUGAGGGGAUCUCUGAAGAAUCUCCUUCUAAUUAAGGCAUAGUUAGAUCAUCGUGGUUUCUUUGUGAACUAUUGUUCUGUAUACCCACAGGUGAUUUGAGUGCAGGGUUUAGAUGUUUGUUGUACAUGGGUUUAUUCCUCCUCCAUCCCCCUUUGUCCCCCACGUGUCCCCCAAAGGAAAUCCAUUACAACUUAUGUAACCAUCACUCAAUACGACAGCACAAAUCAUCUGCUCUCUCUCUCCUUCUCUCCCCCAUCACAAUCUCAACAUCUGACAAUAACAAGCACUAAGGUAGCAUCUCUUACAGGAGUGAUAUAUAAUCAACUGGUUUUUCACACUUUGGACAACUGUUACAUCAUUAAGUGAUACUAAAACACAGUAGAUAACAUCUCUGAUAAAUCACCACCACCACAAGCUGUGAGGUACUCUCAACACAUUCCAUUGGAAGCAUGUCGGUACAUUUAAAGAACAAAAGAUUGAAAAGCUGCUUUUAGUAAGAUGUCUCUUACAAAAACAAAAAUGAUUCUGACAGUGAAGUGAGGAAGCACACAGUCUACAGAUGUAGGAAACCUGCCAAAGUAAACAAUGCUAUAUCAGAGGCAUUACUUCAAGCAUCUUUACUACUAAAGGAGUUGAUUAGCAAACUUCUUGACUCUCUUCUUGCACAAUUUUUUCUGAUCCGUGGUUUGGCUUAAGCCUGGUCCACUCUGCAUGACAGUUUGGAGUGGAUAAAAAUCAAUCAAGUACUGACUCCUUUUAAACUUCCCACUGUAGCUAUUUAAAUGAGAUUUGAAACAAAUGACGACUAAUGUAUUAAUGGAGUGUAAUAUGCAUGGUAUGUGUAGAUGUCAUGCUUGCACGGAAUCCAUCCAUUGCUAUUUCGACACAAAUUUGUUGUUUGUUUGGGGUUAAAAGUCGGCUCAUGCCUUCCUUUUAACCUUCUACCAUGCUGAGCAUCAUCAUGCACCGCGCCGAUUUAUAACUGUAAUAGAGUGCUUGUUAGCCUGUAGGCCUGAGUUUAGACUACUGUUAUAAAUGGUAAUGUAGGAUGUGAAGUAGGUAGCCUAUAGAUCUCUGCAAAGGACAUGCAAGGGAAAGAUCAUUGUCAAAGCACUUAAAUAAGAAUGUGAAGCUACCUUAUUUGGUAAUGAUUGGAGCGUUUGGACAAUAAGGGAUACAGGGAAAGGGAAAAGUGAAGAAAGAAGGAAAAAUGCAGCAAAUGCAACAACAAAAAAGAAAGUUUGCUUUAGAAAUAUUCCAGUCAUUAGAAGACUGACUAUGCUUUAGCACAAAUGUACAAGAUUCUGUAUGAUCUGUUUGGUUUAGCCUAACGUACGCGUCUAUAACACCAUUCCCUAUGUGCCAUUGAUGAUGCUUUUUGAGCCCCAGAAUCCAUACCAUAUCACUCCGCCAGAGGAAAACCAAUACCACCUACACUCACAAAACAACACAGAGUCAGUCAGAACCUGGCAGACACAGAUGUGUUAGAAACCACUUGACCUCUUUCUUUGUAACUGUGGCCAUGACUGGAUCAAAUGUCUGUUGUAGUAUGACCUCACCACUAGAUAUCCUUCAGUAUAAGAAACUUAUAGUUCUUUUUCUGCUUGUGCACUGCCAACUUUAACACAGCUUUCUUCUUCUCCUGCUGCUAGUGCAGGCGUUCCUCGCCCCGACAAACUGCACUCACACUGAAAACAAAAAAACACUGAUUGUAACACAGACUGUUCUAGAUCAAGUUCAUGUUGUUUUACCUGAGGCUUGAGAUAAGCAUCUUAGUACUGUAGUGAGUGUGUUUGGAGCUCUACACAGUGGCCUAUCAUAACUGGAAGAACUUUUGAGGCAGCAAAACUGAAAGCUGGGCAUUUUGCUGAACAGAUCACUGAUUUCCAGUGUAAAGCAGAAGAAAAACUCAGAUGGACAAGAACUUACAAAUACAAGCUGCAUUUUAUAGUAUACAGAUAUAACAAUGGUUGAAUGGUUGAUGGUUGCAAAUGUCAAGCCUUUGUCUUUCCACUGUAAACCAAAAUAGUUAAACUUGGUGUCUGAGAAAAAAUGUCACUACAACUUCUGCAGCACUGCCAAACCUUUCUAGGUGCACAUGCAACACUACUUCAUAGAAAAAGAAAGUAUUUUCUGGCAAUACAGUUCGCCACCAAUCCAAAAACCAACAAUCAAGAUUUAGCCAUAGAGCAAAAACUGUAGGAAGUAAAAUGCCUUAAAACACCAGCAGCUUUUAUCUGGCCAUGUGUGUGAUGUGUAUGAUUCUGUCCAGUGGGGCGUUAAAUCAUUUUCUCUCUACUAGCGUUUAUUAGAAUGACCAUGAUUACAGAAGCUUAGGGAUUGAAUGUAGGUGACAUGCUAUUCUCUUUACUGCUACUAUGUCUUAUGCAUUGCUGUAUGACACCAUAUCAAUAAAGACUUGACAUUAAUGAGGCUGCA